UCCACCUGGACGCUCAGGUGACGGGAUCUGGUGGAAAACUUUACUGAAACUGACUUUUUCGAACCGGAGUUGAUAAAUCGGACAUCCGAAAUGGAUUACAAACGUAAAUGUUUAAUGUAAAGAGGCGAAGACAGCAUUGAUUGUGAAGUCGCACCGUGUAUACUAUCUUGGAGGCAGUGAGUCAUGUCCGUCGGCAGCACUGGCAGCCUGAGACACAGCUCAGGGCCUGGCAGCUACAGGCAUGGACCUAGCCGGAGCAACAGCCAGAGGUCGUCCUAUGAGGAGCGCUGUGUGGACCCAGUGGAAGACAGGCUCCCGAUCCCAGAGCCAAAGACGGUCCACAAAGCUCACCUGAAAGACGCUAAUGGAAAGGAGUCUGAGACCAUCGGCUUCAUUCCUGGCUCGGCUGAUCCUCCCUCUGCCACACAAACCUGCAAUCCCUGCGCUCCUCCAAGCAGCUGUAGGACCUUUGUGUGCAGCGUUCUCACCUGCGGCCUGUAUAGGGUCUGCCAGCGCUCCAACCUCGCUCCGUGCCUGGCGCCAAACGAGAGCUCCCCAGACGAACCGGAGAAGGUGAGCCUCCGAUCUGUGACCCCAGGAGAUAACAAAGAAGAGGACGGCACAGACUGGCUAGAGGACCUCCGCUUCGGUGGAGUCAAAGUUGACUGUCCAAGAGAGUAUUUAGACGCUGAAAUCAAAUAUCCAUCGUAUGUGCCUCCGCCUGGUGGUCCAACACAGCCCAGCCACCCGUCCCUGCAUGAGUCUAUGAGGUUCGAUGACUGGGAGGAUGGCGAGGAGGACGUGGACUCUCUGAUCAACAAGAAGCUGCUGGAGCUCUACUCUGAAUAUCAGAUCGAAGAGUUGGCCAGGUGCACCUCGGACUCUGUGUUCCUGAAGAAGAGCAAGGCCAUCAACCAGCUCAUCAACUCACUGGCAGAGGAGCACAAAAUGGACGAGCAGGAGGCCGAGUGUCGGCUGGUGCGCGGCAUCAUCCGCAUCAGCACUCGGAGGAGCACGAAGAAGAGGCCGCACACCUCCAGGAUGGAGAGGACGCUGUCGGACAGCGGGAAUGAGACGAUGAGGGAGAGCGGUUCCUUUUCAUUCAGCAACAACAAUGAUUACAAAUCAAGUCCAAACAUCCAAAUAUCAGAACUGACCUCCUCUGACAAGUGUGCCAGAGAGAUGUGGAAGACCGAUGGAGGUCAUACUUCUCACACAGAGACUAAUUCUUCAGGUGUCCCUCUAAUUCGCACCUCUGUGAGAACAUGAUUCCCGCUCCGCAGGCUGGCGAUCUAUGCUUGAAUUGUUUGUCAUGCCGUGUCCACAAGGUCACAAUACGGGACGCUGAAAGGCGACACUACUUGCACGGGAGUCUCUGGCUGAGCCGAGCUGUUUGUAGAGACCACGGCUUUGCUAUGGAAAAAAGAAAAUGUGAAAUAUUCACAUUGUUUGAAGGACUUCAGUGAACUCAGGGCUCAGUGUGUAGAUAUUUAUGCUUGAUAAAUAUUAUGUGUUUGAAGGAUUGCUUGAUUGGGAGCUUGCCCUGCAGGCAGAUAUCACCAGCAGCUCUUAUUGUAUCACGAUUAACCGUCCCCUCGUCCUUGAAGGAUUAUGUUUAUAAAACCUGACUCAUUUUGGCCGGUCAGAUUAGUCUGCUGUUGUUAAGCAAAGGACGUUUGGAUUUACUUCUGUAAAGCUGUAUUUCUGGAGGGUUUUUGGGCACAUUUCAUCAUCUUGUCAUAAUCAUAUUCAAUGCUUUUAAUUCAGUGGUUAUGUAUAACAUAUUUACAGCCAGUGAUUCCAGAUGAUCAGAAAUUAUGUUCUAAUAGUUUUGCCAUAUUUCUAUAAGAUGCAUAGUGGCAACGGUGUGACAGGAUGAAGUAACAAUAUUUGGCAGUAAGAAAAAGGCAGUUUUAUAUUAUGGCUCAAAUCCUGUAAUUCUAAUAUUGAGCGGAAUUUUGUUAUAAGUGCCUGGUAGUACACUAGAAAUAAGAAUGGACAUUUUUGGGAAAUUUGCUUAUUUGCUUUCUUGCAGAGAGUUACACGCUACAGCUUAGCAUAAAGAUGGAAACAUGGAGGAAAAGCUAGCCUGGUUCUGUCCGAAGGAAACAAAAUCUGCCUAGCAACACGUCUGACACUUACUAAUUAUUAACACAUUUAUAUUUUGUUUAUUCUAUACAGAAACCAAAUAGGGCUGAAUGAUUUUUAAAAAAUAUGUAAUUGCAAUUAUUUGACUGAUAUUGCAAUAAUUUUUACAUCACUAUAUACUCAUUUUCAUUGAAAAAACGAUUAUGGUGUGAUUAUUUUUUUGCGGGGAUCUGUACCAAACAUUGACGCAGGGUGUGGAAUUAGCACCUGUUACCUGCCAAAUGCGGAUAAAUUGUUGGCAGUGGCGGGUAAGAUCGUCAGACCAUCCACCACUUUGGCGAACAGAGAAAACGCACAACAGAAAGACUCAAAUGUGCUGAUAGGAGUAUUUUGUUACAGAGCAAGACUAGCUGUUUCCCACAGUUGUUUUUUUUUGUCAAUAUUUUUAUUGAACUUUAACAUAACACAAAUAAAGACACAAUCUUUGACCAGGUAAUAAUAAUAAUUAAUACUUAAAAAAUGUAAAAACAAAAUAAAAAAUAAUAAUAUACUGUAUAUUCCCACAGUUUCAGUCUUAAUGCUAAGCUAAGCUCAUGAAAGUAGUAUUCUCUAGUCAAAAAAGUACGUAAAUAACAUCUUGAUUUCCUCCCUGAAGAAAGACAAGUUAAAAGCUACGGGAAAAGUUUUGUCAAAAAAUGUUGUGUUUUUUUUCUAUUGUGACGUUUAUGAUGUUAAUAUAAUGUGGAGAGUGAUUGUAUUUUCUUCAAAGCACAUUAAUAUUAGUGUAAUAACAUGAAGCAAAUAACCGUUUAAUGCAUUAUUGAGGCAGUUUGUGGCCGUCCUAUCUCACAUUGUGAGAUGUAAUGAAAGUGGGUGUGAACCGCUGCUUGUUUUUAGUUAAUAUCAUGUAAUAUAUAACUAUUAACUUAUUAGUGGCAUUAUCUGCAAGCUGGCUCGUGAAGUGAAUGUCCGUUUUCUUGCCCCAGCCGCGCUGGCUGUGUUUGCUCCUGGGUGCUGAUGGGAAUUUGGCCAGCUGACUCAGUGGAAUUUAUUCAGCUCCUUCUUAUCAGCAUUAUGGCCCCUAUUGUAGUGCCUUCAGUUAACACACCUGGGCAGCUAAUCUAAUGGUUUAAACUGUCCAGGUUACACUCUCGUGAUCUAUAUCCUCUUGUGCCCCAUUUAUUAUUAUUAUAAAGAAUAAUUUAGUGACGGAUAAUUUAACACAACAUUGUAUUUUUAGUGUGUCAGGAAUUUGGCUGCAGCACCCGGGUGGUUUUAAUGAAAUGGUGAGAAACCGGUUGCUCUAGUUUCAACCAAGAAGCAGAAAAUCCAUCAAUACUGACGAAGUGAUUGAAUGUGUCUUGUGUCAUAUAAACUGUAACUAUCCUAACAAACUUGUUAUUGUACUAAACUGGUUGAAAGCUUGGCAUUUUGUUUUCAUUCGCACAGAAUGUUUCCUAAAUUCAAAAGUAUAAAAUACUUUGGCCUCUCACAAAGGUGUUGCACUUUGUGUUUUCAGCAAAUAUGCGUUCCUAUAUCGACAGUAACCAUCCAUAACUGAUGUCUCAUUGUAAAAACAAUAAAGUAAAUGAAGUGAAACAAAA